AUGGAGGUUAACAGAACGUGGACUAUUGAAAGCUUGCCUCCGGGGAUUACACAGCAGGAGGGUGUGGAUUUCACAGACACUUUUUCUCCUGUUGCGAAACUGGUUAGUGUCAAACUUUUGCUUGGUCUUGCGGCUAUCAAAGGAUGGAGCUUAACGCAGAUGAAUGUCUUCAACGCUUUUCUUCAUAGUGAUUUGGAUGAAGAGAUCUACAUGUCUCUGCCACAGGUUUUGGAGUGUGCUGGCUUCAUUCAGUCUCAAGCCGAUAACACGUUCUUUGUCAAGCAAACUGGUAACAAGUUCACUGCUAUCUUGAACUUCAGCAGGAAUCUCGGUUUGCCAGAGGAAUAUGCUCUGAAUCUUCUCUCUGACACUGGUCUUAUGGCUUGUAAACCAUGCUCAGUCCCUAUGGAUCCCGUGGUCAAGCUUAGCAAGGAAUCAGGCGUCCCUCUCGAUGAUCCCACUCCUUACCGCGCCUUGGUUGGUCUUUUGCUCUACUUGACGAUCACUCGGCCUGACAUUACCUUUGCGGUACAUUGUCUCAGUCAGUUUAUGCAUACACCAACUGAUGUUCAUCUCACGGCUGCUCAUCGGAUCCUCCGCUACGUCAAAAAUGACCCCGGCCAGGGACUGUUCUACUCCGCUAAAUCGGAUCUCUGCCUCAAUGCUUUCUCUGACUCUGACUACUCCACCUGCCCUGAUACACGAAGGUCUAUUACUGGCUACUGGGUUUAUCUUGGCAGCUCCCUCAUUAUGUGGAAGUCAAAGAAACAUGAUAUCGUAAGCCGUAGCAGUACGAAGGCAGAAUAUCGGAGCAUGGCACACACUACUUGUGAGCUUCUUUGGCUUCAUCAACUUCUCACUGAUUUGAAGAUCACAGUAACUGCUAAGGCCGAACUCUUCUGUGAUAGUAAGUCGGCAAUCUACAUAGCGACAAAUCCCGUGUUCCAUGAACGGACGAAACAUAUCGAAGUUGAUUGUCACACUAUUCGGGAUCAAGUGAAGAAUGGCUUCCUCACACUCAUGCAUGUUGGCACUACAAAUCAACAUGCUGAUAUAUUGACCGAGCCUCUUCAGCCCGGGCCGUUUCAUUCCCUUCUCAUUCGCAUGUCCAUUUCAAGCCUGUUCUCUCCUUCUCGUUGUCCAAUCCCACAGGCUUGA